UCAGUGAAGCAUUUUAAAUUUGGCGCUUAUUUGAUCCUAGCUGGUCAGUGUUCCAAGUAUGGCCGCGAUGUAAACAACACUGUGCUGGUUUUUAUUUAGUUUUAGUGAGAAAAAGUGAUUAAAAGGAAAUGGGAAAGGUUAAAGCUGUUGAUCCAAGAAAAUGGACUGAAAAAAGUAUGCAGAAGGCGGUGGAGGAUGUAAUAAAUAAGAAAAUGGGAGUAAAUGAAGCGAGUCGUUUAUAUGAAAUACCUUCGCGCACAUUGCGAAGACACAUCCUCAAGGGUUGGAGGUGUAAGCAGAGAAUUGGAAGACCUUCUGAAUUGGGAUAUGAGAACGAACUAAAACUUGUAGCUCACAUUAAAAAGCUUGAAUCCAUCGGAUUUCCCUUGGAGCCAUCGAGACUGCAGUCUAUAGCUUACGACUUUGCUGAAAAUCUUCGAUUGCCACAUCGAUUCAAUAAUGAGAAGAAGUCAGCAGGCUGGGAUUGGUUUCAAGGAUUUAUGAAGCGUCAUCCAGACCUGAGUAAACGUAAAGCAGAAGGCCUGUCAUUGGCAAGAGCUAGUGGUAUGAAUAGACAGGAUGUCGACAAAUAUUUUGAAAUGUUGUUGAAGGUAUUGACUGAUAACGAUUUGAUUAGUAAACCAGAAAGAAUCUACAACAUGGACGAAAGCGGAAUACAAGUUAACAACAAAAAGUAAGUAAAAGGAAGCAAUCUGUUAAGGUUUUGACAUCAAAAAUUCAUUUGACAACUCGUAAACUGUUUGAAGACAAAAAAAAAA